AUGUCACUAAACCACGUGCCCAGCAACGGCAGCAACAAGAUGGACUCCAAGGACGACAAACCCCCGUUCGACACCUCCUCUCCCCGGCCCAGCAUCAACGAGUCGGCCGACCAGCUGCUCACAAACCUGGGCUACAAGCCGGAGCUGUCGCGCAACCGGUCAACCUUCCAGGUCGCCUUCAUGUCCUUCGUCCUGGCCUCGAUCCCCUACGGCUUGGCCACUACCCUCUACUACCCGCUCGUCGGGGGCGGCCCCGUCAACAUCAUCUGGGGAUGGGUCCUCGUGUCUUGCAUCAUUGUCUGCGUCGCUGCGUCACUCGGUGAGAUCACGAGUGUUUAUCCCACCGCCGGAGGUGUAUACUACCAGGCUUUCAUGCUUGCGCCCGCUCGUUGGCGCCGUGUGGCGAGUUGGAUCUGCGGAUGGCUCUAUGUCGUCGGCAACAUAACGAUCACGCUGGCCGUCAACUUCGGCACCACUCUCUUCAUCGUCUCGUGCAUUAACGUGUUUGAGAAGGAGCCCGGCGUUGGCGUCUUCGCUGGCGAGGAUUACCAGGUCUUCCUCAUUUUCCUCGGCAUCACUCUCCUGUGCAACGCAGUCUCUUCGCUGGGGAACCGAUGGCUCCCCUAUCUCGAUACUGGCGCCAUCUUCUGGACCUUUGCAGGUGUCAUCGCCCUUGUCAUUAGCGUUCUUGUCAUUGCCAAGAAUGGUCGCCACGAUGCCAAAUACGUCUUCACCCACUUUGAAUCCUCCUCCGGCUGGCCGGAUGGAUGGUCCUUCUGUGUUGGCUUGCUCCACGCCGGCUACGCUACUUCGUCGACAGGCAUGAUUAUCUCCAUGUGCGAAGAGGUCCAGCAGCCCUCGAUCCAGGUCCCGAAAGCCAUGGUCGGCACCGUCAUCCUCAACACCUUCGCCGGCCUGCUCUUCCUCAUCCCACUCGUCUUCGUCUUGCCAGACAUUCAGAUGCUGAUCAAUCUCGACUCGGGCCAACCCGUGCCGGCGAUCCUCAAGGAUGCCAUCGGCUCCCCCGGAGGUGCCAUUGCGCUCCUUAUCCCCCUCAUUGUCCUCGCCAUCAUAUGCGGCAUCGGCUGCACGACGGCAACCUCGCGCUGCACCUGGGCCUUUGCGCGAGAUGGCGCCAUUCCGGGCUCCAAGUGGUGGAUGAAGGUCAACCGGAGGCUGGACGUGCCUCUCAACGCCAUGAUGCUCAGCAUGGCCGUCCAGCUCAUCUUGGGUCUCAUCUACUUCGGCUCGUCCGCCGCCUUCAACGCCUUCUCCGGAGUCGGUGUUAUCUGCCUGACCGCCGCAUACGCCACCCCGAUCGCCAUCAGCCUCUUCGACGGUCGGAAGAAAAUCAGGAAGGGCCGGUUCUAUCUCGGACCCAUCGGAUACUUCUGCAACAUCGUGGCGUUAGCCUGGUCUUUGCUGGCUAUGCCGCUCUUCUGCAUGCCCUCGCAACUUCCCGUCACGGCCGCCACCGUCAACUAUGCGCCGGCCGUAUUCGUCGGCGCCACCAUCAUCUCCGCCGUGUGGUACUGGGCCUGGGGCCACAAGAAUUAUGCUGGUCCGCCGACGUCGCACGAAGACUGA